UUCUGAAAUUCUGACUUACGUCAGUGUGGGUGUUUCGGUGUUGGCGGCCAUUGUUCUACGUAUAAAACUAGGAUUUUAUAUUUUACACUGAACUAUAUUUUAAACAAAGAAGUUCACAAGUUUCGGAUUCUACAAUCUUUUGUCACCAUUACAUCUCAAAUUCGAUUAUAGUGUAAAAUGAAUCCAGAAUACGACUAUCUGUUCAAACUACUGCUGAUUGGAGACUCCGGUGUGGGGAAGUCAUGUCUCCUGCUCAGAUUUGCGGACGAUACCUACACAGAGAGCUACAUCAGCACCAUCGGUGUUGACUUCAAAAUAAGAACUUUAGAGUUAGAUGGGAAGACAAUAAAGUUACAAAUUUGGGACACAGCAGGACAGGAGAGGUUUAGAACAAUUACCUCUUCAUACUACCGAGGUGCCCAUGGAAUUAUUAUUGUGUAUGAUUGUACAGACCAGGAUUCAUUUAGCAAUGUUAAGCAGUGGCUGGAAGAAAUCGAUCGUUAUGCAUGUGACAAUGUGAACAAGCUGCUUGUUGGAAAUAAGUGUGAUUUAACUACGAAAAAAGUUGUUGAUUACACAACUGCAAAGCAAUAUGCAGAACAACUGGGUAUACCGUUCUUGGAGACGUCGGCGAAAAACUCAACGAACGUAGAGCAAGCCUUCAUGACUAUGGCGGCAGAGAUUAAAACGCGCGUGGGCCCGCCGUCAGCCGGCGCCGCACCGCAGGGAGCCGCUGUCAAGAUCGACCAGGGCCGCCCUAUCGACACCGGCAAGUCCUCCUGCUGCUGAACACAGCUGCUCAUGAUUGUCGGUAAGACGAAGGAACUGAAGUGGUCGCUCGACAGACUGCUAACAUCAAACAGUUUAAAUGCAAUUUCCACAAAAAAUUGUUCGCAUCUUUUUUUAAAUAAAUUUUAUAAAUAAGCAGAGUGCUAGACACUCUUCAUCUUAAGCUAACAUUUCUUAAGUUGCUAUCGUCCAUAUGUUAUUAGUUAAACGAAAAAAGGUGAGAUGUAUGGAUGUAUGUUUAUACAUGUUUAUAUAUAAUGAUUAUUGUAGGUUAAUUUCGUGCUGUAUUCCAAACUAAGGCAAUGAUUUACAGAGUGAGUCAAAACUCCACCAGACAAAACUCCGCGCAGCCUUAAUUGAGAGUCCUUGUUACUUCUGAAGUAAGAUUUUAUCAAAGUUGUCCAUUAUGGAGUGUAGACACAUGCUUUUUUAAUUUAAAAAUUUUUCACUGAGGUACUAAGCACUGGGUGUUAUUCCAUAUAGAAUAUUUAUUUAUAGUGAUGCAUACUGAGGUUGUGCUUUACUAGGGUUUUGUGUUAGAGUUUAUUCUAACUAACCUUUAACACAAAACUGUUCAUAAAGCAAAUGGGCCUUAGCAUAGAUAAUAAUAUGUAUUGUAAACGUACGUAGCCAUCGGUUAACUUCAAGUGGGAUCAUAGUAUUAAUUAAAAGACAUUAUCAAAUUACUGCAAUAAUGUGAUAGUGAAGUUUAUAUACUUAGUACAAUGUUUUAAAUAUCAGUCCCUGUACAAAUAUAAAUUAUAUGGACUUAAUUUUCCCAGUAAUGUUUAUUAUGAGAUUGUUAUUUAAAAUAUUGGACUUAUUUUAUUAAUUUGAUCGUGAUUAACUCCUCGAGUAUCAUUAUUUUUGUACUUGUUAUUAUGUGAAAUUUUCAGUUUACUUACUGCUAACCCACUGUAAUUCUGUAUUAAGGGUUUCUUAGAAAUUAAAACAGUAUGCUAUAAAA